UGUCUCUGACCGGCUCGUGGAGAGUGCCCGUAUUUGUGGUUGUGGUCACGCUCAUCAUCGUGGGCUCUCAAGAGAAACCACCUGUCCCUGGCAGAGGAGAGCUGUCAGGGCAGGUGUUGUCAUUCGCUGCUAACACUAUUUACAUGGCAAUCUCCUGUAGCAACCUUCAGCCGAAAACUGAGCCCAGUGAAAACACUACUACAGACGGUGUGCAGUCCGCGGGCCCCCUUCCUUCCACGCCUGGGUUCCCCCGUGGCUCUCGUUCAUUACCAGGUGGCCUGUUCCAGAAAGAGAAAAGCUCGCACAGAGCCAGCGAUAUCUACUUUAUUCUACUGGUCUGGGCCAUCGUUCUGGUUCAGGUGUGGCUCAACCUCUGGAUCCUACAGCUGCUUCCUAUCCCUGUGGCUGUGUGGGUGCUGAAGAAGCUGGUGGUCCACUUUGGCCUGAAGAGCUUUGCAGAGCGGACUCUCACCUCAUGGUGGGCGGUGCUGGAGAAGCUCGGACGCGAGCGAGAGGAGGCCCUGCUGCCUGGACCAAUCAAAGGCCUGGCUCAGUUCCUGCUGCGUAUCGACACCAAGAUGGUCGUGUGGCUGGAGCGAUCGCUUGAUAAAAUCAUCAGCAUCUUCAUCAUCUUCCUCCUGGUCACAGGGACGCUGCUCAUGGGUCUCCUGCUCACCGCUAUGGUCCAUCAUGAAAGUGCUCACAUCAUCGAGGUGACCAGUAACCUCAUCAACGAGACUGUGUCUAACCAUCCAGAAUGGGCCAAUUGGCUUCCAGAGGCUCGUGUGGUGCAGAAGGCUCUGAAUUCAGCUGCUACUAAUGUUUAUCAACAUGGUAGAGAAUGGAUAACACAAAAGCUCCAUAAGAUGUUAGGUGACAAAGUGAACCACACCGCUGUGAUUGAGAAACAGGUUUUGGAGCUUUGGGACAGACUGUACCACUCCUGGUUCGUGAAGAACAUGACCCACCCUGGACGCCAACGUGGUCACAAGAUGGUUCCGAGACAGAACAGCUGGCUGGGCGACAUCCUGGACUGGAAGGACAUUGCCUCCUUUCUGCAGGAAAACAUUGAGACUCUGCUGUCUAUCCUGGAGUCUCUUUGGGUGGUAAUGAGUCGAAAUGUUGGCCUCCUCAUCUCCACCACAACUACUCUUUUCACUGUCUUGUUCCACAGCGGCACCGCCCUGCUCAACUUUGCACUGAGUCUGGUGAUUUUCCUGACCACUCUCUUCUACCUGCUGAGCUCCAGUGGUGAAUACUACAAACCUGUCAAAUGGGUGAUCAGCCUGACCCCCCUCUCCCAGCCGGGACCGUCCUCAAAUAUCAUAGGCCAGUCUGUAGAAGAGGCCAUCAGAGGAGUGUUUGACGCCUCUCUGAAAAUGGCCGGCUUCUAUGGCCUCUACACUUGGCUGACUCACACCAUCUUUGGCAUCAACAUUGUGUUCAUUCCUUCAGCCCUGGCCGCCAUCCUGGGUGCGGUGCCGUUCCUGGGGACCUACUGGGCAGCGGUGCCGGCAGUGUGCGAUCUGUGGUUGGCGCAGGGCGAAGGCGUCAAGGCCGUGCUGCUGCUGAUCUGCCAUCUGCUUCCAACGUAUUUUGUAGAUACGGCUAUCUACUCUGACAUAUCAGGGGGUGGACACCCGUAUCUGACAGGUCUGGCAGUGGCAGGCGGAGCGUACUAUCUGGGUCUGGAAGGCGCCAUCAUCGGGCCCAUCCUCCUCUGCAUCCUGGUAGUUGCAGCCAACAUCUACAGUGCCAUGCUGAUGAGCCCCAGCUCUGCAGUGCCAACACCGGUGCAGUCCAGCUGGCCUCUCCACCCCAUCAGGACCUUCACGGACUCCACCCCCUCUGUCCUGAAGAGGACAAGUGAGUGAGAGCGAGAGGGUGUGUCCCUGUGGAACGUCACCUGGCUUCCUAUUGGCUGAUUCCUUAGGGGAAGAGCUCCCCUUCCCUGAAGCUCCUCCCUACGCCGCCCAGCUCUGCAGGAGUCGGCCCCCGACUGAGAAGAGAUGGCGGCAUCACAGCUGGUCACCCAUGAUGCCGUCCGCUUACCAGAGUUGCUUCUCUGUUCAAUGUGGCACCAUCUUCUCUCAUUCAAGACUAAAAAAUUACAGAUGCCAGCGUUGACCCUGAUCCCAAACCUGGUCCAUUGACGUUGGGCUUUACGAUAAUGAAUGACAGAAACGAUGAUGCUAAUCACAUCAUCUCUCAGAACUCAGUGCCUAAAUUGAUUUUGUAGUGUUUAAAAAAAAUGCCUAAAAUGAUCCUGCUGUUUGUGGUGAAUUGUAUGAUGAUAUAUUUUAUCUACAAAGCUCCUGAUUUCCGCCCUGCACAUGAGGUUGUGCAGCGCUUGUACGCCCUACCUCUCUCCUUGUGGAGUUUAGAAUAGAGUUUGUAGUGAAGGCCGGUUUAUGUAAAGAUGAACACUUCUUGCCAUAGAAAAUCAUCAUGCCUGGCUCAAGAGAAGGAGUCAAUGACUUUGUCACUCAACUUCAUGUGUCUUUCACAUUUCAGUGAUAGUAGCUGCGAGUUUGCGACAAUAGAUCUCUGCUUUAACAAAGACUCAGACUCCUGCUCUUCCUGGACCAGGCUUUGUUACCACUGUUUCACUUUGUUAGUACCUGUAUGGUUGAACCAUAGCAAAUGUCUCUGGUUUAGACUUAUGACGACUACUUUAGUAGAUCAGAUUAGACGUUCUGCUUUCACGGAGUUUGGUCUGUAUCCAGAGGGAUCAGAGAAUAGAUGAUUACUGAGGUAAUCUGUUUUUAUUUAUUUCAAGCUUAACUUAAUUUUUUUUAACACAUUGUGAGUGCACAUGCAACCAGGCUUUUCAUCUUUAACACACACAUAGCUGAUCUGUCAGUAUUGAAGCACAUUUACACUCACAAUUGAUAUUGACAAGUUUUGAGUACUUUUGUAAGACUGUGACUGUCAACUCACCUCAUCCACUCCUUAUUUUAACUACAGUUGGAGCACUGUCCUGAACAGAGAGUGUCAAGUAGUUAACGUCAUUUGAAGCUUCAAUAAACGAGCUUUACAGAUGUAUGUAAUGUGACACGUUGCUCAUACAUGGCUACUGUGUUAGCUGCGUGAGGGUACAAGUGCUGUGACGUGUUCUGGGUUGGAACAAGUGUGCGGUUAUAUGAUUUCACUGUUAACAAAAUUACUGGAUAUGCACUGACACAAUAAACAUUAUAAUUUACACUGCA